GACCUAGAGCACAGCCAGCUCUGCCCCUUUGUUCCCUCGAAGGACUAUCAAGACCCUCUUCCUUUAUCUUAAGACAUUUUGCAAGCGAUGGAGAGCAUGAAAGAACUUUCACUGUCUAUAAGCGCGGAAAGCUCUGGAGCAUUAACUGACUUCCAGUCGCUGGGAAACGGUUCAGACGGAUCUGUCCAUACAGAUUCUCUCUCGCCGGCCUCAAGCCCCUCAUCUGUGAAUCUCACCGCUCUUCCCAAUAGCAGAGAUGAGCUGCCCAAUGUGGCCUUAAACAUUGAAUGCAGAAUCUGUGGCGAUAAAGCGUCAGGCUAUCACUAUGGAGUCCACGCUUGCGAAGGUUGCAAGGGCUUUUUCAGGCGAACCAUCAGGCUAAAACUUAUUUACGACCGAUGUGAUCGCAACUGCAAAAUCCAGAAAAAGAACCGAAACAAGUGCCAGUACUGUCGUUUUCAGAAGUGCCUGUCCGUUGGGAUGUCUCAUAAUGCCAUUCGAUUUGGACGGAUGCCCAGAUCAGAAAAGGCAAAGCUGAAAGCUGAAAUCCGAACAGGUGAACUUUGUAUAGAAAAUUCCGAAGUCGCAGAUCUUAAGUCACUGGCCAAGAGAAUUUAUGACGCCUAUUUGAAAAACUUUAAUAUGACCAAGCUGAAAGCAAGGCUCAUACUUGUGGGGAAAGCCAAUAACAAUCCUCCGUUUGUCAUACACGACAUGGACACGUUGUGCAUGGCCGAGAAGACGCUGGUGGCAAAACUUGUAGCGAACGGGAUCCAAAACAAGGAGGCAGAGGUGAGGAUCUUCCACUGUUGCCAGUGCACCUCCGUGGAGGCGGUGACGGAACUCACGGAAUUUGCCAAAUCAAUUCCUGGCUUCUGCAGCCUCGACUUGAACGACCAGGUGACCCUCUUAAAAUACGGGGUGUACGAAGCCAUCUUUGCCAUGUUGGCCUCCGUGAUGAACAAAGACGGGAUGCUCGUCGCUUACGGGAACGGCUUCAUCACGCGGGAGUUCCUCAAAAGUUUAAGGAAGCCUUUUUGUGAUAUCAUGGAGCCAAAGUUUGACUUUGCUAUGAAAUUCAACGCCUUGGAAUUAGACGACAGCGACAUCUCCCUUUUCGUGGCUGCUAUAAUAUGUUGUGGAGAUCGGCCAGGCUUGGUCAACAUAGGACACAUUGAGAAGAUGCAGGAAAGCAUCGUGCACGUACUGAAACUUCACUUAGAGAACAACCAUCCGGAUGACAUUUUUCUCUUCCCCAAACUGCUCCAGAAAAUGGCAGAUCUCCGGCAGCUUGUCACGGAACACGCUCAGCUAGUUCAGAUAAUCAAAAAGACCGAAUCUGAUGCACACUUACAUCCUUUGCUACAAGAAAUAUACAAGGAUAUGUACUGAGGUGGUUUCGG